AUGCCAGGAGUAUUCAGGAGUCUGCCAGGCAGUUCGGCCGGCGCGGCUCAGUUCGGCGAGAGGCCCCACACCUGGUCCUCCUUCCGCCUUCCGCCGUGCGUCGUGUCCGCCCUCAGUGCACCCCAUUCCGGCGACCACUUAAUCGUGGACCCAGAUGUCGUCCUCGAAAAAGGUCAGCGCCUGAACAAAACCCUUGAUCUAGUACCAUACGCAAAAACGGGUCGCAGCAAGGCUGACUCGUGUCGGGCGCGCCGCACUGGGCGAAACCCAUCCAGACUUCGUCAUCCAAACUUCUUCCGUUCGAUCAGCCGUCGGGUUCGCGUGUAAAUACUGUGGCUCAGGGCGUCUGAGGAGAAGCGGUGCAAUCAAGCAUGCCGCUUCGAGAAAACACCGAGCGAAAGCAUCCAGGCUGGGCCAGGGACACGGGGCCGUGUCCGCCCCCGCGUUGGCCAAAUAUUCCUUCCCGACUUCAACAGACGAGCAAAGGGUGGACAGUACGGAGCUAGGGAGCGAGCAGGGUAUGUGGGAGCAGGAUACGUAUCCGACACCGGUACGUCCGUGACGUGACUGGGGUGGCGCUGCCUCGUGCGGAGGCUGAGUGCUGCCCCUCCACACCCGACAGGUCAGCCAACACCUCAGAGACCUCUAGUUGACUUCGAUGACAAACCCUGCAUUGACACGGGUCGACUUCAUGCCACAGGGAAGGGCGAUCGGCUCGUUCAGGCCGCCCGAGAACGACCCCGCCGUCAUCCUCGCGGCCAUGGGUAUUCCCGCAACGCCACAUGUUGUGCAAGCUGCUCAAGUGAGUGGGUUCGUAGACUAUGUGGAGACUAUUCAAGCGGAUACUCAUGUGAGAUUCUCUGGGUAUCGGUCUUUGGCUCGCCAGGGAUUGCUCGAGGAUCCGGACAUGAAGGAGCGACCCGGCCUCCUUCGCUACCAUAUCACUCAUGCACGUAUGAUCGAGGUUCUCUUGGAGGAAAUGACCAUGUUGAAGGAAGCGGUACUCGAGUUGAGUGCGACUGAUCUCAAGGUUCGUGCAUCCUUUUCGCAAACGGCAGAAUCUCUGUAAUCGGGAAGAAGGAGACUGACUACACAGCAAGGGUUCGCAUUAGAUCUGAUCUGAUCUGACCCCUGUCAGAUCAAGUUCAGAUCAAUCAAGCCUCGAGGAAAAAAAUCCAGAAGUAG